AUGUUCGUGAUUCGCGGUAGUAGUGCUUUUGGGCUUUGCAGGUAUUCUGCUGCUGCUCGAUGGCCUACGUAUCGCAGCUAUGCAACUCGCUCGUUUGAUCCGCUUCGAAUCCUCUUUUGCGGCUCGGACGAGUUUAGUAUUGCCUCCUUGAAAGCUCUCCACGACUAUCGCUUGAAACAUCCCGAGAAGAUCUCUUCAAUAGAUGUUGUCUGCCGUCCAGGAAAGCGAGUUGGAAGAGGAUUGAAGAAAAUUCGCGAGAUGCCAAUCAAGGAGGCUGCAGCUGCGCUCUCUCUUCCCGUUCAUGAGAUUGAUACUUUCAGAGGAUGGACUCCUCCCGAAACCCCGAAUGGUCCGAUCAACUUGAUCAUCGCUGUAUCAUUUGGUCUCUUCGUGCCUCCGCGGAUCUUGAAUACUGCCAAGUACGGAGGCUUGAAUGUGCAUCCUUCACUACUUCCAGACUUCCGUGGCCCAGCGCCAUUGCACCACACGCUUUUGGCUGGCAGAACCAAGACUGGUGUGACACUCCAGACAUUGGACCACAAGAGCUUUGACCAUGGGACAAUUCUUGCUCAGUCUCCAGCUCCUGGAUUCGACAUUCCUAAUCCUGAAUCCUGUACUGUGCCCAAGUUGACCAGCAUAGUUUCCGUCAAAGGUGCGCAGCUACUGUUUGACGGCAUCCACAAUGGACUAUUCGUGCCUCCAGUACAAGAUGCGGGAUGGCUAUCAGAAGAAGACAGCAAGAACCUCAUUCAUGCUGCCAAAAUCAUGCCUGAAGAUCGACACGUUGACUGGGCCAACUGGGACCUGGUCAACUUCAACCGACGCAACCGGGUCCUUGGAAAUCUAUGGAGCAAAGCCCUUGUGGCAAGCAAACCGACAGAGGGGGCCAUCUCAUUUCAACAAAAGCGAGUCAUUCUUACGGACGUGGAAGAAGUAGAUCCCCCGCAGGGAUCGGAGACUUUCGCUGUUGUUCCUGGAUUGCCGUUUACGAAUACUCCGCACCCAGUGGAACCAAAGAAGAACCGGGCACUCUAUGUAUUCACUAAGGAUGGUAAAGCACUUCGCAUCAACCACAUGAAGGUAGAGGGUGAGCCCGUGGCCGAGGGACUACGCGCUGCAAUCAAGGCCCGCAUGUUUGGUGAUCGGUCUUUCCAGUCUGGCGGCGCUGAGUUUACUCCUUUCCGCAACCCACUUGCAUGA